AUGUCAACACCUAUAUUAAGUGGACAUACUCGAUCAUCAUCAGGUUCAUCUCCAAAUACAACAGCAACAACAGCCAAUAGCAAUACAAGUCAUUUCGAUGUUUCACAAUGGGAGAAAAAGAGUAAAUUAUCAAUCGACCAAACAUUACUAUUAAAUAAUCUACAGACAUUCAUUAUAUCAGAGCGUCCACUACCUCAAAAACAACAAGAAUUGUUAGAACAAAAAAGGUUAAAAGAAGCAGCAGAAGAAUCAGAACAACAAGAGAAACAGCAGCAACAACAACAACAAGCGAAUGAAUCAUCGUUGGAAAGUGAAAGUGGUACCACUACUGGCAGUUUGAAGAGUACAACACAACUACCAGAUAAAGCAAUAGAUAGUUUAGCAGAUUUCUAUGAUUGGUUGAAGCUGAUUGAGAAAACAUCGACACAUCUACAUCAAUAUGAAUGGUUCUUAGAGACUAUAGUAAGCUAUGGACAAGGUACUGAUGAACUACAAGCACAAGUACAAGAUUGUGAAACACUUAUCAACAGUAUUCAAACCGAUUAUUUCACACUCACCAAGAAGACAUCUCAACUACAUGACUCUUGUGAGAAAUUCUUUAAAGAAGAACUAAGAUUAAGAUAUAUUGUACAUACUAUACAUGAAAAAUUGAGAUAUUACUUGGAGUUGGAUCAAAGUACAAAGAAAUUCAAUAGUUCAAGCUUUACAGUUACCGAUCCAAACUUUAUGUCUAGUUUAGAGACACUGGAGGAUUGUAUACAAUUCAUGAAAAAGAAUGUUAAUUUCCAAGGUACAUCUAAAUAUGUUUUACAAUAUACUUUAUUAUUCCAAAGAGCGUUGGGAUUGAUUAAGGAUUAUAUAUCGGCGUCGUUCAAGAUCAUAACGAAAGAGAUUCUCACAUCGAUGAAGGAUAUCGACAGUGAUUUCCAGAUAUCGAAUAUCAAGUUUCGUGCAUUCGCACCAAAACUGCGACCGCUUUGUUUGGAGUUGGAGAAGCGUGCAGUUGGUCAAUACGUAUCAUACAUAAGAGAUUGUCAUUCGAUUUACUUUAAGAAUCGGAAGCUGAUCCUCACACCAAUCAUCACACUGAAGCUACAGGAACUCACUAAAUCACUCUAUGACACCACACCCGGAAACACCAACAACGCCAACGUUCCAUCGCUCGUUCAGAAUCUAUGUAUCUACAUGGUGCAGAUAUUCGAAAAUGAAUAUCAAAUCUAUAUCGAUUUCUUUGAUAAACAAACUGCUAACUUUAAUGAAUUGUUAGAUGAAUAUGCACAACAGUUGUAUGAUACAGUUAGACCGGUGUAUAUACAUAUUCAUUCGUUUGAGGAAUUGUGUAACUUGGCACAUCUGAUAAGGAAUGAGAUAUUGGAUGAUAUCAUUGAGCAAUCGACGCGAUAUUGUAACGGUCUCAGACUGGCGGUGCAGCGAAUGCUACAAGAUAUUCAAGAGAGACUGUUGUUUUUAAUUCAAACAUUCAUUCGCGAUGAAAUUAGAACGUUUAGUCCAUCGCCGGCAGACAUUGACUAUCCCAAUCACAUAACGAAGCUGUCGGCAUCGGGUGAAGCCUCACCAAAGUCAAUGUACUCUCUGUGGUAUCCAACACUAGAAAAGACACUGACAUGCCUAUCGAAACUCUAUCUGGUAGUCGAUACCAAGAUCUUCGAAGGUCUGGCACAAGAAGCUGUUGAAGCAUGUACAUAUACACUCAUAAAAGCAAGUUCAUUAAUUGCAACAAAACAAGAUAAUCCAUUUGCAAUAACCGAUUCUCAACUAUUUCUAAUUAAAUACUUUAUAGUAUUACGUGAACAGAUUACACCAUUCGAUAUUAACUUUGUAAUCAUUGAAAAGAUUGUAGAUUUUCCAAAUUUAAAGCAUGCACUCUCUACAAUGUAUAAUUAUGGUUCUUUAUUUGCACUUUCUACAAAUAAUCCAAUAUACAAUGUAAUUGCCUCUGCUGCAAACCCAAGAGUUACAAAUACCAGUAUAGAUUCUAAAAAAGAUUUAGAAAAAGAAUUGAAAUUGGUAAUUGAAUCAUUUAUUCUUUCAACAUCAAACUAUACGAUCGAUCCACUCUUGACCAUCCUAACAAAGAUUUCAGUCUAUCUUAAUCAAUCAAGUAGAGAUAACUCUAAUGUUGUUAAUAGUUCUUUAUCUCAACAACCUUUUGCUGAACCAAUGAGAAUCAAUGAAACUAUUAAAGAAGUUGUAAAAAGAAUAGAGACAUAUUUACCAGAGAUCAUCGCCAGAAUGAAAGUAUAUCUAUCGAAUAUGACACAGAAUCUUUUGAUGAAGCCGAUUCGUACGAAUAUUGCUGAUGGUUUCGACCAGAUCAAUCAGUAUGCCAAGCGAUACUACAAUGAAGAACAAAUUAAAUCAAUGCAAUUGUUGUCCUCUGAAGAUUUAAAAACACUACUCGACAAGGUAAUACCAAUUCAACUGUCAAUCAAGACAUCGACAAGCGGCAGUAAUAUCAAUUCAUCAUCGUCGUCAUCAUUAUCACGUUCCUCAUCAACAUCUUCAUUGACCAAUGCCCCAACCACUCCACCAUUGUCAAUCCCUGUUGUUGACGAACCAUUACCACAUCAAUAA